AUAUGAUGAGGUUAGGUUGCGUUGCCAAAGCUGCCUGGGAUACUAGAGCCUCCUACGGUGACCUUUGAAAGUCGCGUCCGGCAGGUCCAAAUUAUCGCGAGCCAUGACACGUUACCUUAAACCGCCAACCUUGGAGGAUAAUAUUCUACCAAUGGAUACACGGGCUAGAGGUAUCCGGCGCAAGGCGCUGCAGAAAAUCGCAGCGCUCUCUGUGACGUCGCCAGGAAAGUCGCAAGGCAACCCCGAUUUGGAGCGACUCUAUAAUAUAUUCCCUUCUCGUUCGACUUCGAAGCCAGGACCCAAUGGGCAUGCGGAUGAUAACAAUGUCCUCUUGGGGGGAGUGGCUAUGAACAUAAGGGAAUUCGAAGUCCUACUCGCAUUAUGCAAGGCCGCGCCGCUUCUUCAGGAUUACCAAAGUGCCGAGAGGCUUGCUGCGCAACUGGCGCCAUAUACCCUCGAAGCGCACACGCAGGUUUCUGUCACCUCCCCCUUUUUCAGGGAGAUUGAGCCGUCGCCCAUCGAGUCGCUGAAUUUCAACCUCACCAGCGCCCUCUUGUCACUGGGCAUAAACCACCCUGGUCUACAGAAUGCCAUAUCCAAGAACUUCACCGCAUAUCUCGACAGAUGCCAGUACACCGCGAAGGCAGUCAUUUCCAGGCAGGGAUCUGCUGUGGGAAAGGAGGAUAUUGGGGACGUUGUGGAUGAGAUCAAUGUUGCUAAAGUAGCAAUCGCCCUGCUGGGAUUCCUUGAUGCAGCCACGAUACAUGCCAACUUUUGGACAGCCGGUGAAAGGCUCGCCUUAAUCACAGUUGUUAAGAGAGUCCUCUCCGAGGAUUUCCUAGUGGCCGUCGAAACUGCAUUCUCGAGGAUCCGCAACUACCAAUCUACAAAUCGCGAGGUUAAGGAGUGGAAGAGGCAUGUUCGGCACUAUGCUGCCACUGGUCGUCCACUUGGCGCUAUGCUGCUACAGCGAAGCUUUAUGUGGCUUCUGGUCGCGACAUCAUCUCUCCUUAUCGCGGAUACGAAAACCCUCAGAGACAACUGCAUCCUUGAGUUAAUGAUGGGCGACACGAUGCCGCUUACAUCGCACACUGCGGAGGAGUUAUUACCUAGCAUCGAGACCAUGGCUGAAUUUGCUACCGAGGAGAUGAACAAGCUGGAGGAUGGCGCCGACUACCUCAGAAUCGGAUCUGCAUGGCAGCAGCGAAUUGCCUUUGCUGUAAAGGCGGGCUCUUUGACGUGCUAUCUCAACUGCGUCACCUUAAACGACGACGUAGCUGAUGCAGAGAGCCUUAUGGUCUGGCUGGAAGAAACUCUCUCUGAUCCAAUCCAGAUGGCCGACGAGACAUUGGCGAAUGUUGUACUUCGUUCCAUGGCAUUGGUCGCGCAGAUUUGUCCAGGUCUCGCGCCAAAUAUGAGCAGAAUCCUCCCGCGGUUUAUCGUGCAAGGCUCACCUCGAGGCGAGACCGUUGCCGUGGCAUCGACCUGUCUUGCCUUUGUGCUGCGUUUACUCUCCGAGGAUGAUGUGAUAACAACUCUCUAUUCACUUGGAAAUGUCCUGACUCCCAUCACAAGCACGGAAAGGGUUGUUGCAAACCAAACCAAAGGCGAGACAGCCAAUGGUCAUGCCAGCCCCGCGUUUUACGGUGUAAAGCAAAAGGGUAGUACCAUAUCUUUGGCUGCCGCUGGGGAAUUGGAGGUAGCCGUGGCAUAUGGAAAUGUCAUUAAAGCCAUUCGUGUCAUCGCAGAGAGCUGCGCCGAUGACAAGAUAGCGGCGCUUGCUCAAAGUAUGCUCCUCCAGAAGAUCACUAAAAUCGACACCGCCGUCGAUGCCGCCAUCAUUUAUGAAGCAGCAGUUCUGGCGUCAACAGGAGCUCCCGUUGAGUUGAAAUCGCUCCUCAAGCUUUACAGCAGGUUAACCCAGGAAGCACUGCUGGACGAGAACGAGAGCUUGUUGGCCGCCCUGUUGAAAACUAGGAAUUAUCUUUCUUCGACUCUGACGAAGGGUUCAUCGGCUUACGAUAUUUAUUUUGAGUACCUCCUUGAAUCAAUCAUCAGCCGAGGCGAUGUGUAUCAAUUGCACCAUGCCCGCGAGUCGGACGUUGAGAGUGCCGCUAGGGAGAUUGAGACACUGGUUCAACCUUUGGCAUUGUUGAUGUCAACCAACAACCUUGGCGAAGACAAAACUACUGACGAUGACAUCUGGGCACUUGUACGGGACGCUUGGUUCAAUAUGGUUGUUCAUGGCUUCACUACUUGCACCGAGAGAGGCAGGCAAUACCUCAAUGAACUCCGUCUCCUGGCCGUGAACUCCAAACCGUUGGUUACGGAACAGAGGGGAGAGCAACUGGAAAGCGAUAUCGAACUUAACAGUGUUCUCCGAAGAGGCAUGAACUCAGAGCACGAGGCUAUACAGAAGAAACGACUAACCUCAUUAAUUCCGUCCAAGGCAAGGGAGAUACGCAGCCUCAGCUAUCGCAAGACCAUAUUCUUGCAUACAGCCUACCUUGUUGAGACACUGCGGGCCGAUUCCGGCGACUGUACAAAAGCCAUGAUCUACUUCCUUGAACCUGGCAUGAGGACAGGCAAUAUGAGCAGUGUCAUGGAGGCUAUCACUAUGUCGGUGGUUGAUACCUACCUACGGAAGGCCAUCUCAGGCGUGAACCCAGCCUUUUCAGCGCCGUGUGUGGCCGAGCAACUCGUUUCAAUCUUCUGCGGCUGUUGCCAUCGUAUUGAGAGGGUCCAGCAGGCAGCUACUGUAUGCGCUGACAAAAUAUUGUCGAACAUCACGUCAGCGCUUUGUCAAAGGUCAUCAUUAUUUGCGCUUCUUGAGCUACUCUCACUCAUGUGGAUAAGCUGUUUGGAGGCCGAAACGGACGAAUACGAGUGGAAGUCAUCCUACACGUCCGCGCGCAGCAAGGUCACAAUCCAGCUCGGAGAUAACUUUGAAUUCAGAGGUAGAACGCUGAACACUCUCUACAAGAAGGCCAAGGUAUGGAUGAUGAAUGUUAUCAACAUUGCGCCUCUGGAUAUCAAGGGGCUCUUGCAGACUUAUCUAUCCGAGUACGAUGAUGACGGAGCAUACGGGCAUAUAUCACUCGGAAGAUCCUUUGCAGCCGAAAUGGGAGGCAUGAUCCCAGUUACGGAUCAACGACUUGGGGCUAUCGACCGCCAUGGGGACGCUAAAAUAAAUGCCAUCUCCGAUUUCGUUGCCCAGUAUACGACGCGUCAAGAGUAUAGAUACGCCGAAGGUCUUCCUGAUUAUGAUGCUGAGUGGACCAACUUUAUGAAGGUCGCUAGCAGCCGUAGCUCAACUUUGGUAGAGGGUCUCGGCACGGAAUACGCUGAUGCUCUCACAGUGCUGAACUUCCUGGAUGCACGAAUGCAAAAAGGGAAGUUCAUCCCAAUCUCCGAGCUACGCGAUAUGCUCCGACGCGCGGCAGCAUUCCUAUGCCGCGCCAAGGGCGACGAAGCCGCUGUUGUCAAGCACCUUGUUGGAAUCCCUUUUGCGCACUUUAGCAAGCAGUCAAUUAAGCUUGGGAUAUCGUUGUGGCAGGGAGUGAUCAACGAAAACCCAAGGAUGGAGUCGAGAAUCAUCAUGGAAAUCGCCCAACAGUGGGAGAAUACGAUCCACAUGAAGAAGGGAGUCUUCAAUGACGAGUUCAAGCACCCUGACCCUUUCUUUAUCAGAAAAGAAUACGCCCCCAGUGAUAAGGAUGCAUUGCACAAGAAGCAGCAGCAUGCCCACAAUCUCCUGGCUCCCCAUUCCCGCUUGCUCCAAUUCCUCGCAAGUCACUUCAACGCCACCCGCCUAUGCAGCCCACAUACCCAAAAAACAUUUGUUAGGCUACUGCAAGCCACUCUUAAUGGGCUGAUGCAUUCGACAGGACACCCGUUGUCGAGAGAGCUGCGAUUUAACAUCGUCAUGCUUAGUCUGAAAGUCCUCAGACAUGGCACUGUACUAACUGCAGCCGGCCAGUAUCGCCUCAAAAACCAGAUGUUAUCCGCUGCCCUUAGCUGGUUCUCCUUCGCGCCCUGCUUCACUUUUGGCGGUAACCGCUUGCAGCUUAAGGCAGAAGCUAAGUUACUGUCCGACGUUGCUGCCGGGCUUGACAGCGUGGGACACAUAGGGGCCAAGAAUGCUUCCACUCUGAAGCGUCUCCAGGACAAGGAAGAGCUACUUUUCGCCCUUCUCGAAAACGAGCAAUCCAGGCUUCGGGUCUGGCUCGAUCCAUUUGCCGAGGGGAAAGCUUCACAUCACGCUGAACCUUCAGAGGCUACCCUUGCACGCCUUGUAAAUACGGCUUGGUUUGUCAGCCCUUCUCUGGCAAUUAGCUUGGCCACAAGGUUUCACUCUGCGGGAGUGCACACAGAUGUGCGUAAUCUGUUGCUCGCUGAUCCGCUAAGAGGGAUUAAUGACCGCGAGGGCUUGAAUAUCCUCAUGGGUCGCGAGUUUCAGAGUGAUUUGAAGUGGCAGCUUAAGUACCUAUUGUUUUGGACCCCAGUCAAUCCUAUCACAGCAGUCACGUACUUUUUGCCUUCAUUUAGCGACAACCCAUUCAUCACUCAAUAUGCUAUGCGUGCCCUGGAAAGCCAUAGCGUUGAGGUAACAUUCUUCUAUGUGCCUCAGAUUGUGCAGUCACUGCGCUAUGAUACGCUGGGUUACGUGGAAAGAUACAUUGUGGAGACUGCACAGUUCUCGCAAUUGUUUGCCCAUCAGAUUAUAUGGAACAUGAAGGCGAACAGCUACAAGGAUGAGGACUCACAAAUUCCUGAUAGCAUCAAACCAACACUCGACCAUGUGAUGGCCCGUAUGAUAAGCUGCUUCACUGGAGCAGAUAGAGAUUUCUAUGAGCGCGAGUUUACCUUCUUCGACGAGGUAACGAGCAUCUCUGGUAAGCUGAAGCCGUUCAUCAAGAGGCCAAAGCCCGAGAAGAAGCAGAAGAUCGAAGAAGAACUACGCAAAAUCAAGCUUGACGUCGGCGUCUACCUCCCCAUUGACCCCGACGGCGUUGUUAUCGGCAUAGACCGAAAGUCUGGCAAGCCGCUCCAGAGUCACGCAAAGGCACCAUACAUGGCUACUUUCCGCGUUAAAAAGGAUGUCGCCGCUGAGAUGGAGGAAACGGAAGAUAUGCUCGAGGCAGCCGACCCGCGCCAGCGUGUCCCCGAGAACAGCAUCGAGGUGUGGCAGUCCGUGAUCUUCAAGGUCGGCGACGACUGUCGACAGGACCUGCUCGCGCUGCAAAUGAUCGCUGCCUUCCGCGGCAUCUUCAGCAAUGUCGGACUCGACGUAUACGUCUUCCCCUACCGCGUCACCGCCACUGCACCCGGAUGCGGUAUCAUCGAGGUGCUCCCUAACUCUGUGUCCCGCGAUAUGCUCGGGCGCGAAGCCGUCAACGGCCUCUACGACUACUUCGUCAGCAAGUACGGCACACCGGACAGCGUGCGCUUCCAGGCCGCGCGCAGCAACUUCGUCAAGUCCCUCGCCGCGUACAGCAUCAUUGCCUUCCUGCUGCAGUUCAAGGACCGUCACAACGGUAACAUCAUGCUCGACGACGCCGGCCAUCUCAUCCACAUCGACUUCGGGUUCUGCUUCGAUAUCGCGCCCGGCGGCGUGCGCUUUGAGCGUGCGCCGUUCAAGCUCACGGCUGAGAUGGUGGCCGUCAUGGGCGGCUCGUCGAGCACGCAGAGUUAUCGCUGGUUCGAGGAGUUGUGCGUCAAGGCCUUCUUAGCCGCGCGGCGUCACGUAGACGCACUCUGCCGCAUUGUGCGGCUAAUGCUCGAUAGCGGGCUGCCGUGCUUCAAGCCGGAGAGCAUCAAGCACUUCCGCGAGCGGUUCGUGCUGGAGAAGAGCGAGCGUGACGCUGCGGUAUUUGUGCGGGGGCUGGUGCGGAGGAGUCAUAAUAGUUAUAGUACGGGCGUGUACGAUCAGUUCCAGCUGAUGACGAACGGAAUCCCAUAUUAGUGGCGGGUGGUAGAGUGUGGAGGAACCAGAUAUAUAGAUAGUGCAGAUUUUAAUGUAACGUGAGUCGUGGCUACUCGGUGUUCCACCCACUCGCUUCGCUCGUAGGUGGCGACAGCAAGUUGUGCGUGCGACAGCAAGAUGUGCGUACACCGCUAUUUUGAUAUAUAGAAAAAAUAAUAGUAUUGUUC